AUGACGAUUAUCAAAGCAACAGGGCUUGACGGAGAGUCUAAAUUGAAAGGCGCUAAAACCGAGAUAGCUGCCGAACCUGCUCCAGCAAAGAGGAAGCAUAAAGGUGAGCGUGUGGUGGAGGAGAAGGCCAAAGACGAGGAGCUGAUGCGUGAGGCCCAGAGCAGCAGCGAAGCCGAUAAAGCAACCAAAGGGGCAGCAAAAGAAGACGUGGAAAAGAGCACUUCUCCUGCAAAAAAGAAACGGGCUGCUCCCAAGGCUCGGGCCAAGGUUGCUUGUGGGAAAAAGAAUUCAGCCGCGGGAGGCGCGCCACAGGGCCUCCUAAAGCCUGACGAAGAGUUUGCUGCUCUGGCAGCACUGGCACUGAAGAGCCGGAAGUUUGUAGGGGCACACAUUUCGGCAGCAGGAGGAGUUCAGAACGCCCUCGUCAGUUGCUUCAACGUGAAGGGGCAAGCCUUCGCCCUGUUUCUGAAGUGCCAGAGGAAAUGGGUAUCUCCUCCUCUGGCUGAGUCGGCCAUUAGCGGCUUUAAGGAGCGAUGUGAUCAGCUGGAGAUGGACAAGUCCAUGCAAGUGCUACCUCACGGCAGCUAUCUUAUUAAUGUUGCCAAUCCCGACAAGACGAAGCAAGAGAAUGCUUACAAUGCCCUUCUGGACGAUUUGCAGCGUUGUGAAGCACUGGGCAUAAAACUGUACAACAUCCAUCCAGGAUCCACCGUAGGGGAAUGUACCAAGGAAGAAGGCAUUCGCAACAUCGCUGCAGCAGUGAACAGGGCCCACAGAGACACAGCUUUCGUAGUUGUGGUCUUGGAAAAUAUGGCGGGACAAAAGAAUGUCGUUGGCAGCAAAUUCGAGGACCUGCGAGAUAUCAUCAAUCUGGUUGAGAACAAGGAGCGAGUGGGAGUCUGUCUCGAUACGUGCCAUCUCUUUGCGGCAGGCUACGACAUCCGGACUGCUGAGAAGUUCGAAAAGGUGAUGGAAGAGUUCGAUGCCAUCGUAGGCUACAAGUACCUUAAGGGAAUGCACAUCAACGACUCCAAGUCCGAGCUGCGUUCAGGACUGGACAGACAUGAGCUUCUUGGCAAGGGUCACCUGGGACUUGAGCCCUUUAAGUAUAUUAUGCAGCACCCUACGCGAUUUAAGGAUAUGCCCUUGGUGCUAGAAACACCAGACCCCACCGAGGGCAGCAUCUGGAAAAAAGAGAUCAAACAAAUGUACAGCUUUUUAGACGUUAAAGAAGAUAAAUGA